UCCUCUCACAACUUUAGAUAAGCUCAACUUGUCGUCGACAAAUACUGAUCAGUUCAAAUAAAGCUACUAUACGGAUGUAACAUAAAAAGCUUCGUAAAAUGUCGCAAGAUCAAUUUACAUUUCGCCGGGCGCAAAAGGCGGAUAUAAAAUCAGUGCGAGAGAUGAUACAGGAAUUGGCCGAUUUUGAGAGAAUGAGCAAUGGUCCUGAGCUAAGCGAAGAGGAUCUGAUACGGGACGCGGGUCUAGACGGCGCACCGGAAUAUUGUCAAAUUUAUGUGCUCAUAGACAAUGCCACAAACCUUAUCAUUGGCUAUGCGAUCUGCUUCAACUCGUACUCCACCUGGCAGGGACGCUCUCUCUUCCUCGAGGAUAUCUAUGUACGUCCUGCCCAUCGCAAGCUUGGCGCCGGAGCACGCAUCUUUCGCGAGGUGUCCGCUAUAGCCGUUAAACUUGGAUGUCGUAGACUGGACUUCCAUGUGCUCAGCUGGAAUCCGGCUAGUGCAUUCUACAAGAGUCUUGGCGCAACGGAUUUAACUGAAUCUGAAGACUGGCACUUCUACCGCGUUGAGCAGCAACAAUUAAGAAAAUUGGCCAGUGAACUGACAACAUCUAAAUAAAGUUUUCACAU